ACCGAUGGCGGUAGAGCCGGUUCUGCUGCCGCUUUAAUCACAAGCAUCAAGGACCUUGGAAAUCACAGAAAUCUGUGAGGGAAGUGAGGAGCCGUAGAGGUCCCCGUCAGUGACCCGCAUCAGCAUCCGCCUCCCUCCGCAUCCAGCGGCUCCCUGGGUACCAUGUGAAGCCCGCAGCACAGGGAUGCCCGGUAUCCAGAGACCCGGGAGGCUGCAUCCAUGCAUAUUUCAUACGGCCAUGUCUUCCAGCCUGGCAUAGCGGGUCAUUUACAUGUAACCAGUGGCGGAGGGAGGGGGGGGGUGUACACAAGCUGAUUUACGGCAAAUGGCUGCAAAAAGACUCCCUGGCUCCUUCAUCUUAGCAGUAUCGGACUUCUCGUAAAGCAGCAUCAGUCAGCUGUGGGUGUAACAGGACCGGGGGGAGGGCGCAGAUUGACACGGACACGGCUGCUUUGUGCUUCGAGCUCCUCCUUUAUAUCCCGGGUGCAGGUGUUUGGAGAACGAGCGAGGAGAAGCUUCUGCCCCGGAGGAAGGGGCACUUUGUUAUGAAACAUCACCCCGGGGUGGGCAUGUGCUCGGCAGGCCUGGCCUGAUCGGUUUUACAAUCCAGAAGGAGAAACAAGGUGGAGAAGCUGAGGAAAGCCAGGAGGGGGAUAUACAGAGGACGGCUCCUCCAGCUCCCAGGGAUGAAACUGAAGAAGCAAGUAACUGUGUGUGGAGCGGCCAUCUUUUGUGUGGCUGUCUUCUCCUUGUAUCUCAUGCUUGACAAAGUGCAACACGACCCCCCCAGGAGACAGACCGGAGGCAACUUUCCCAGGAGUCAGAUCUCGGUACUGCAGAAUCGAAUAGAGCAGCUUGAACAGCUCCUAGAGGAGAACCAUGAAAUCAUCAGCCAUAUCAAGGACUCCGUCCUGGAACUGACGGCUAACGCGGACGGACAGCCUAUCCUCCUUCCCUAUCACACCGCCAAUGGAACCUGGGUCGUUCCACCAGACGCCCGGCCCAGCUUCUACUCCAUAUCUCCACAGGACUGCCAGUUUGCUGUGGCCAGUAAGGGGCAGAAGACAGAUUUGCAGAUGCUUGAUGUUUACACACAGUUGCCUUUUGACAAUGUCGAUGGAGGAGUCUGGAAACAAGGCUUUGACAUCACCUAUGAUCCGAACGAGUGGGAAGCCGAACCGUUGCAGGUGUUUGUAGUGCCUCACUCCCACAAUGACCCAGGUUGGAUAAAAACAUUUGACAAAUAUUAUUACGACCAGACUCAGCACAUCCUAAACAACAUGGUUGUGAAGCUGCAAGAAGAUCCCCGUCGGAGGUUUAUCUGGUCGGAGAUUUCUUUUUUCUCCAAGUGGUGGGACAACAUCAAUUCUCAGAAGAGGGCUGCUGUGCGCAGGUUAGUGGCAAAUGGCCAGCUAGAAAUGACAACAGGUGGAUGGGUAAUGCCCGACGAAGCCAACACUCAUUAUUUUGCAGUUAUUGACCAGAUGAUAGAAGGUCAUGAGUGGCUAAAGGCAAAUAUUGGUGUAACCCCGAGGUCAGGCUGGGCAGUAGACCCCUUUGGACACAGCUCCACCAUGCCUUAUCUUCUGAAACGGUCCAACUUGACAAGCAUGCUGAUACAAAGAGUGCACUAUUCUAUCAAGAAACAUUUUGCAGCUACGCAGAGUCUGGAGUUUAUGUGGCGACAGACAUGGGAUCCAGACUCCAGUACUGAUAUUUUUUGCCACAUGAUGCCCUUUUACAGUUAUGAUGUACCACACACGUGUGGUCCUGAUCCCAAGAUCUGCUGCCAGUUCGAUUUCCGGCGUCUUCCUGGUGGGAGAAUAAAUUGCCCAUGGAAAGUACCACCCAGACCCAUCACAGAGGCAAAUGUGGCUGAGAGGGCAAACCUUCUAUUGGAUCAGUAUAGGAAGAAGUCCAAGUUGUUCCGAAGUAAGGUGGUCCUUGUUCCCUUAGGAGAUGAUUUCCGUUAUGACAAAAUUCAAGAGUGGGAUUCCCAGUUCUUAAAUUACCAAAGGCUCUUUGAUUACAUGAACUCGCACCCAGAGCUCCAUGUGAAGGCUCAGUUUGGCACUCUCUCGGAUUACUUUGACGCGCUGUACAAGUCCAUGGGUGUUAUUCCAGGAGGGAGACCUCCCGAGAUUCCUGUGCUCCGCGGAGAUUUUUUCUCCUAUGCUGACAGGGAGGAUCACUAUUGGACGGGAUAUUAUACAUCCAGACCCUUUUACAAGAGCAUGGACAGAGUGCUAGAGUCCCAUCUCAGAGGAGCGGAGAUCCUGUACAGCUUGGCUAUAAGUCAUGCCAGGAGAGCAGGAGUGGACAGCAAAUACCCUCUCUCUGACUAUGCUUUGCUAACAGAUGCCAGGCGCAACCUGGGGUUAUUCCAGCAUCAUGAUGCCAUCACAGGCACCGCAAAAGAAGCUGUAGUGGUAGACUAUGGUGUACGGUUGCUCCACUCGCUGAUGAACUUGAAACGCAUCCUAAUUAAUGCAGCCCACUACCUCGUCCUGGCAGACAAGGACAAGUAUCACUACGAUCACUCUGUGCCGUUCUUCAGCACGGAUGACAGUCGCUUAACCCAGGAAACAUUGCCAGAGAAAACAGUUAUUAAGCUGGGUACCUCUCCAAGGUACAUCGUGGUGUUUAACCCUGUGGAACAAAAUCGCCAGUGUGUCGUCUCCCUCCUGGUCAAUACACCCCACGUCCGCGUGCUCACAGAGGAAGGACAGCCCGUGGCGAUCCAGCUCAAUCCCGUAUGGCAGUCGGCUGUUGAAAUGAACCCUGAUGUAUACCAGGUAUCUUUCACAGCCAGGUUGCCUUCUCUUGGACUGAGUAUCUUCCAGCUUUACAUGUCUUUUGACACACACACUACUCUUAAAUCCAACAUGCGUGUCUAUCUGCAUGGGAGGGACCUGACCAUUAAGAAACAAGAUGUCUUUCCUGUAAAGAUUUUAGAAUCCAGCACGGAUGAUUUUUACCUUGAGAAUCAAUACAUGCAGGUCUGGUUCUCUGGUGUCACGGGUCUCUUGAAGGGUAUUAAACGAACUGGUGAGGAAGAGCAUAAAGUUAAUAUGGAAUUACUGAUCUAUGGAACGCGGACCUCAAAGGACAAAAGCGGAGCCUACCUGUUCCUGCCUGAUGGGGAAGCCAAGCUGUAUACUCCUAAAGAUCCCCCUGUGGUUCGAGUCACAGAAGGCCCAUUUUUUUCUGAGGUCACCUGCUACAAUCAACACGUGCAGCAGACCAUGAGACUGUAUAAUUUACCAGGAACUGAUGGGAUGUCAUUAGACAUCAGCUCUAUGAUUGACAUCCGUGAUCACGUCAAUAAAGAGAUAGCCAUGCGCCUCAGCACAGACAUACAGAGCGGAGACACGUUCUUCACAGACCUCAACGGCUUUCAGAUUCAGGCCAGGAAAUUUUUCAAAAAGUUGCCACUUCAAGCAAAUUUUUACCCAAUGCCGGUGAUGGCCUAUAUUCAGGAUGAACAAUCUAGACUAACCUUACACACUGCCCAGGCACUGGGAGUAUCCAGCCUUAAGAGCGGUCAGCUGGAGGUUAUCCUCGACCGCCGUCUAAUGCAGGAUGAUAAUCGUGGACUUGGCCAAGGACUGAAGGACAACAAACGCAGCUGUAAUCGCUUCAGAAUCCUUUUGGAAAAGAGAUCGUCCGGGAACAAGGUACAGGGGACACAGACUGUCAGUUUCCCCUCUCUCCUGAGCCACAUGACAUCCAUGCACUUGAACCAUGAGCUCCUCGUGAUGCCGGUAACCAACGAUAAAGGCUCUGCCCCGGCACUGAAGUCUUUCCUGCCUCUGUCUGCCACCCUCCCCUGCGAUUUCCACAUUCUCAACCUGAGAACGCUACAAGCAGAGGAUGAUGGAAUACCUUCCCCGGACAUGGCGCUCAUUUUACACCGCAAGGGCUUUGACUGUGGCCUUGAAGCAAAAAAUCUUGGGUUCAACUGCACCACAAGCCAAGGAAAGUUGCCUCUUGGAGGUCUCUUCCAUGGACUCGAAGUUGGGCUAAUGCAGCCAACCUCUCUGACUUUGAUGUAUUCUCUAGCUUCGCUUUCAAACAGUAGCAACCCAGUUGUUAACAUGGAACCUAUGGAGAUUUCCACUUAUCGUCUGCGUUUCAGCUAACCCCAGGAAAUUAAGGGAUGAGAAGGUCCCAAAGCACAGCCGUUCUAUACAGAAAAGUGGAUGCUUCUGAUGAAGUCAAAAUGCUUUGACCUAUAGUCGGGAACAUCUUCCGCACUGUAACAAAAAAGUCCAAAGAGGCAACAGCCCAGCAGCUCUAUCCUCUGUCUACAACCCCUAUCCUAAGUAAAGGGGCAGCGAGUUUCAGGUCCCCUUGGCACUGAACGGGUUAAACACAUAGCUGAUGCAUUACAGACUGAGGAGAAACUAUUUGAGAAAAAAUAUUUGUGGAAACUGUUUGUUUGACUUAAAAAUACACACAUAUUUUAAGUGAUCCC